CAGGACAGCACUGAAGCUACAAGGGAAGACUGGCAGGAGUUACAUCUAGGCUCCUGAAGGUUAAACUCGGCGCAUGUGCAAUAGCCUGAAGCCAUUUCAAAUGGUUUAUAUUUGCGUUUAACGCCUCGUGGAUUAUGUUGUGUAUAAUAUUCCCGCUUCUAUCGUCCUGCAAACUGGAGAGGCGAGUUCCAUAAACUGGAAGCAAAUACCAUAGGAUAUCAAAAGAUCUCAGCGCGAAGGGACCGGAAGCAAAAAGCUACUGGAAGCAUAUGCUCAGCUGCCUCAUUUUGGCGCAGCGGCUAAUCUUGACUCUUCCCGCGACCUGUAGUGCGGCCGAGUAAGCGCGGAAGGCUUUGCGGCCCUUGAGUAACUAUGGAACCCGACGGGACCUACGAGCCGGGCUUCGUGGGUAUUCGAUUCUGCCAGGAAUGUAACAAUAUGCUGUACCCCAAAGAGGACAAGGAGAACCGUAUUCUGCUGUACGCGUGCCGGAAUUGUGAUUACCAGCAGGAAGCCGAUAACAGCUGCAUCUACGUCAACAAAAUUACACAUGAAGUGGACGAGCUAACCCAGAUAAUCGCUGAUGUGUCCCAGGACCCCACGUUGCCACGGACCGAGGACCACCCGUGUCAGAAGUGCGGCCACAAGGAGGCAGUGUUCUUCCAGUCACACAGUGCCCGUGCUGAGGAUGCUAUGCGCUUGUACUAUGUAUGCACUGCCCCACACUGCGGCCACCGCUGGACCGAAUGACUCGUCCCGCCUUCACUGUAAUAAAUGCUAAGUACUGUGA